UUUUCAUGUAAAAAUACCCCGCCCUAAACGCACUAGAAUAAAUGUGCAGCUCUUAAAAAAUUUGCCGAAGGUUUGUGGAGCAAACAUACGCCGGCAGUCUCAAUUGAUCACUUGCACGGGACUGACAUUUACCGGGAGAAACGAAAGGCCAUCAGUGAUCGCGGGAGAACCCAGAUGCCCGUUUGCUGCGAUCGGGCACAAUUGCCGUUGAUUGAGCGCGGUUCGCCAUCCGUUGUCGCGUUUAUUUAUCGUCGGGAUCGGUUCGUUAGAAGCGGACACACGAGGCACGGUGCAGAGGGGCCAGGACACAUUCGCAAAUUGAUUUGAUUCACGUCCAAAAAACAAACAAAAUCGCUCGCAAAGCCACUGAAAAAGGGUGCGCAAAAGCGAAACUUGAACGGAGAGGCCAGAGAGUGGUCGGGUGGUACGUAAACAGACAGAAACAAAAAUGUCACAUCAUAGCGACGAUCAGCUGCUACAGGCCGGGAGUGAUUCCUUCUGGGAGCUGAACAACUACAAACGCACCACCAAGCGGAUAGAGGACGGUUAUAAACUCUGCACGGAGUUGCAAACGCUGAUCCAGGAGCGUGCCGAAAUCGAAAAAGCAUAUGCCAAAAAUCUGAAAACGUGGUCGAAGAAAUGGGGUGAAUUGAUUGAGAAAGGGCCAGAAUAUGGAACGACUGAAGCCGCUUGGAAAGGAAUGCUCACGGAGGCAGAGCGACUCUCGGAUCUGCAUCUUAAAAUAAAGGCCAACCUUUGCACGGAUGUAACGUUGCAGAUAAAGGAAUGGCAAAAGGAUAACUAUCACAAGUCGAUGAUGCAGAUCAAGGAGCGCAAAGAAAUGGAAGAUCAGUUUAAGCGAGCCCAAAAGCCAUGGGCGAAAUUUCUAGCGAGUGCAGAAAAAGCGAAAGCGGACUAUCAUGCUGCAUGCAAAAUGGAGAAAUCGGCAGCCAACCAGGAACGCAACGCUUCUAGCGAUUCGUCAAUGUCUAACGAUCAGCUAAAAAAGAUGCAGGAAAGGGUUCAAAAGCUGAAAGACGACGUUGCAAAGAGUCGCGAUCGAUACGAGCAAACGCUAAACGAGAUUAAAGAGUACAACCCCGUCUACAUCGAGAGCAUGACAACCGUGUUCCGGAAGUGCCAAGAGAUGGAGGAGACCCGACUGUGUUUCUUCAAAAAUGUGUUAUUCUCGAUACACAAAUGCCUGAACAUCUCCGAAGAUCCAAGCUUACCGCAGAUCUACAAAGAGUUCCAUCAUACGAUAAACAACGCCGAUCAUCAGAAAGAUCUCAAGUGGUGGUCGAACAAUCACGGUGUCAACAUGGGUAUGAGCUGGCCAACGUUCGUGGAGUACACGGAAGAAUUCCGCGACAUUGCGAAGGGAAUCAAAUCCAAAGAAGCUUUACCCGCAGCGCCGAUCACGCUCAUUCAUCAGCGACCCGUUGCCGAAGAUUUGCAUGAGUACCCUCCACCACCGGCUAAUAACAACCGGCUGCUCGGAGGUGGCAAUCGGAACAGUACGGCACUCAAUAUUACCAACUCGACCGCCAACACUCGCCCCACACCGAGCCCGAACAAUGAUUCGCCCAAAUCGGAAACAGCCUCUACGAAAAAUGAAGCAACGACGCCCACUCGGAAUUCGCCAGGGCGCGGCGCUGCUCCCGGUGGCGCGGUUGUUACCAAUGGCAACUCCGGCACUAAUGGUAAAGCUAACGACAGCAAUCCCUUCGAAGAGGAAGAGGAGUGGGACGAAGGGGACGGUAAUGAUAACCUGCUGGUUGACAAUGGUGAACCUGGUGUACCGGUGAAAGCAUUAUACGACUAUGAAGGAGCGGAAAGCGAUGAACUUACAUUCAAGCAGGGAGAUUUGUUCGAAAAAUUAGAAGAUGAAGAUGAACAAGGCUGGUGCAAGGGACGAAAAGAUGGUCGAGUAGGGCUAUACCCAGCGAACUACGUAGAAGUGGUAGCGACGUAAGCUUUUGUCACGUUUCUGAGGAUAUGGAAACAAAAUUAGAAAAAAAAUCUAAUCGAAACCGGAUGUGUGGUAUACAACAGCGUUUAAAGAUGGGAAAUCCACGUAGUCAUACUGAAGUGCGAGCUUCUGGGUUGGAAUUUUAAUGUUUGCCUAUAACUGGAUGGAGAAAGAGUCUAAACACAUCACACCACAAUCAUGAAAACGUGUAGCCGUUAGUGCAGUUUGAAACAAUGCAAGCACCGUAUUCCAUAUGCAUUCAUGGUUAGUGUACUUUCUUUAGAUACAUUUCAGGGGGAAAAAAGCUUCGCAACAUCGCGUUUUUAUAAGCAUCUAGUUUACGGAGGUUGAUCCUCAGCACCAAUAAAUCAGCAAGGAACCACUUUGAAACGUUGGCCAAAAUGGGUAGUUUUUAAAUGAAACUUUACAUGAUUUUUUUAAAUGAAGCACAUGGUGCCACAUGUUUCGAAAUAGCCAUAGACACAGGGAAAAGGCAUUCGUUGAUUUUGUAAACAUAGUUUUGCGGUUUGCAAAACACUUUUUGGGAUUCCUUUUGGGGCAUAUUUUCGGGAGCUCGAAUGGAAGUUUUAAUUACGCUACGAUACGGGUCCGGUUUAUACGUUGAAUCUUAAAUUGAUUAGAUUCGAGGGGUUUCACGGAGUUGAGCCGUUUGGCGUCAAUGAUGGUGAAGCAUGAACGUAUUAAGAGAAGGUUUUCGUGUCGGUGCAUUCGAAUUUUUGCAGCUAAAAGGUAUCCUCGUGUUGACAAUCGUUAAUCAAAACGAGUGAUAACUACCAUUUGAUGCCGUAUCGACAUUCUACAGAGGAUUUGGAAAUGAAUGGGAAUAGGUUUUCUUGUUUCCGAGUGUGUUUUGAAAACAUACGUUGAUCGAUCACUCGCCAGAGAUCACUCUAAUUUGCGAUUUUUGUUUUGUUUUACCCGUUGUUCCAAUUUUUAAUAGUAGUGAAGUUAUAAAAAAUAGGUGCAUAGGUUUAAGUAGAAUUUGAAUCAAUUGCUCCGCAUUUACGUUAAAUUGGCCGAGUUUUCUGUUUAUUAUUUCUCUGUUCUAUUUCUUUGGGGAGAAUUUUUUUACAAAUUCACAAUAUCUGUGCAUUAUGUUAUGCUCAUUGCAAAACAUGGUUCAAUGUAGAGAACAAUUGAUGCAAUUUGCAAAAUCUUUAGAUGCUUGCAACACUUUUCUGUAGGAGACAAUCCAAUGAAACGAAAUGAUGAAGAUAAAUGGACUAUUUCAUGUCUCGUAGAACUCAUCCCUAUCAAAUUUUGAAACAGUUAAUCGUAGCAUAUGCAUGAAUAUAUAAAAAAUUCCUACCAUAACAUAUGGAACAAUGUAAUUACUAUUUCGAAUAGUAACUCACCUUUAACCAAGAGAACCAAUUUGCCCAUUAAGAGAGAUGGCAAAUAUUUGCUUUUUGAAGCACUAGCGGAAAGCAACGCGAAUGAAUGAAGAUAAAUAUCUGUAACUUAAAAGAUGCACCCCAACACGAAAGCUUUAGACAACGUGAUGAGAAAUGGUUGGAACUUUAGUUAACCCAAAUCAACGUUGCAAAAUGAAGCAAAAUGAGCGGCAGACGAAAGCGAAUGCUUCCUGCGCAUAUGUUCGUCGGCCUGUUGUUUUACUUGUUGAAGCAGGAACAUCGUUUUGGUCAUGAACAGAAUUGAACACAUUUUACACAAAGUAUGUAAAACAAAGAGAAAUAACCUAGUGGAGCUUUCGAUUGCUGAACUAAUCGAUGAAAACGGGAAGCGGUAUUGAAGUAAUUAGUAGUAACGAUUAUGGUAGUGAUAGUGAAACUAAUGAUAAAAACAACCUAGUAUCAAUCGUUAACGGAAGGUUGAAUGAACAUGGUUGGUUGAUGCAUCAUAAGCAAAAGAACCUGUUGUGUAUUAUAUUAAGUUUGAGGAAAAAAUAUAUACAUAUAUGUAUAAAAGCAAAUCGUUCGCGGUAGUGUUAUAGUGUAGCCAGGGAACGAAGAUGGGGUAUAAUAUUUGAACGAAACGUUUAUUUAUAUACACAACUGUGAAUGUAAAAUAAUA